AGCUGUGUCGGUUCGCAGAAAGCCCGGGGCGGCCCGGCUCCACGCCGGACGGUCGCCGUUCGCCUGGCGUGGCCCCCAUGAGCGCGGUGGUGGACUCGUGGGAGGAGUUGUGCCCCAAGAAGAAGGGGAGGAAGCCCAAGAAGGAGGAGAAGCCGGUGGUCCAUCAAGCCUCAGCACAACGUGUCCGCAAGAAGAAGCCUGAGAUGGUUGCGCCAGCUGUGCACCCGCCGCCGCCACCGCAGCCUGUGGUAAACACUUCGCAGGUGCCCAUGGUGUCCAGCUAUGCGCAAGAAGCUCCAUUUGAACCUCCCUAUGCGCCGUUCCCUGCGAAUUUUUACCAUGGGGUUCAGUACCAGGUGUUCCAAGCCCCACAAGAGGAGAUGAAAGAGACGAAGAAGGAGGUGAAGAAAGAGGGCAACAACGAACCCAUCCCGCAGAAGACAGUGGGAGGCCACUUUCACGAGGACUGGGAGGAGUUGUGCGACUCUGACUUUGGCGGUCAAAGCACUGAGGUCCAUUCUUUGGCCUCUUCAGUGCAUUCCUCCCCAGCAGGACCCACACAGGCAGCAGCCCCAGUGAAUGCGCCGCCUUGGCUGCUGUGCACCAGCACGCGCCGCCGUGGUAAUCUGAAGUAGACCUGAAGAAGGGCGGAUUGGGUCCAGGGCAGCUCAAGCUUGAAGAAUAAAGUGAGAUUGUAAA